AUGCACCAAUUACUUGUUCCCGUGCUGGCUGUCAGCACCUUUGCCUCCCUGGGUGCUGCUGGUGGGAACGUGCCUCGGGGCGUUGGACCUCAGUUUGUCAAGCACUAUGGCUCAAAGGAUAGCUUUACAUGCAUCACAAACCCGUCAAUCAAGAUAGAUGCGAGCAAGGUCAACGACAACUCAUGCGAUUGCCCCGACGGCUCCGACGAACCUGGAACCGCCGCCUGCGCGAAACUCGAUUCCUUGUCGCCUCCUCAGCCCCUCCCCGGCUCGACGACCGGCUCGACCAACACCACAAACGCACUGCCUGGCUUUUGGUGCGAGAACAAGGGUCACAUCGGCGGCUACAUCCCUUUCACCUACGUCAACGACGGCGUUUGUGACUACGAUCUAUGCUGCGAUGGCAGUGAGGAGUACUCGGGCGUCGGCGGCGUCAAGUGUCCCAACAAGUGCGCCGAGAUCGGCAAGGAAUACCGCCGUAUCGAGGAUGAGAGGCGUAAGGCUAUGGAAAAGGCCAUCGCCGCCCGUGUCGAGCUCAUCCGCCAGGCCAAGCAGGUCCGCAGGAACAUCGAGACCACCAUUGCCAACCUGAAGAACGACGUGGCCCAGGCCGAGCGCAAGAAGAUUGAGCUCCAGGCCAAGUUUGACGAGAUCGAGCGCGUGGAGCGCCGCAAGGUCGUCAAGGCCUCUUCGGCCGCCAGCGGCAAGCUCGGCGAGCUCCUUGAGCAGUCCAGGAUGCGCGUUGAGGAGCUGCGCGAUACCCUUCAGCUUGUUGUCGACCAGCGCAACGAGCUCCGCACCAAGGGUGUCAAGCAGGCUGUCAAGUCAUGGGAGGACUAUGCUGCCAAGCUUGCCAACGAGGGCAGCCAGCUCAUCAGCGAUGCGGAGGUCCGUGAUGUCCUCCUAGAGGAUGGCGAGCUGAACGGCGUGAACUGGAAGGAUUUCGAGCCUUCCGAAGAGGAGGCCGAUGAAACGGAUAUCAUCUACAAUUUCCAGGCCUACGUGCCUACGUUUGUCUUGGAUCUAUUCUACAAGCAGAUGGAUAACCUGCGGCAGUGGCUCAACGAGGAGGACGACCUCGCCAAAGACUACGGCCCGGAGGAAAUCUUCAGGGCUCUCAAGGACAAGUGCGUCAGCACUGAGGCUGGCGAGUACACUUAUGAGCUCUGCUGGUUCAAGAAGACGAUGCAGAAGAGCAAGAAGGGCCACGGCAACACCAACAUGGGUGACUAUGCCCGUAUCGACCGUGAGUUCUCUGACGAAGAAGACCGCUUGGAUGGCAAGGGCCUCGGCACUGGCGAGCGCAUGGUCCUCCGAUACGAGAACGGCCAGAGCUGCUGGAACGGCCCUAGGAGGCGCACCGAUGUCUGGCUUGCCUGCGCCGAGAAGGAGGAGCUGUGGCGCGUCUCCGAGUCGGAGAAGUGCGUGUAUAAGAUGGAGGUUGGCACACCGGCCGCUUGCGACCCUCAGGGACCCGCCGAGAAGGGCAAGCAAAAGGAUGAGCUGUAA